GGUUCGCCAUGGCAACCGUUAUUGUAACCGCAGGGAAGUGGCGAGGGAGGGAAAGGAAGGAAUAGGUGGGCCCGACAGUGGAGCCGUGGAGGCCUGAGUUGGGGUGGCGAUUACCGUACAUCGGUCGUGUUUUGCGCUCAGGUUUUCUUGCGAUGCAUAAAGGCUCAAGGAGAGGAUUGUAUUUUUUUUCAGCGCUCCAUUCUUUCUGGGUUUACAGGACCGAAAAAAGAUCUUCUUGUCAGAAAAACAUCUACAAAUGGCAAAAAUUAUAUUCAUCUUUUUUCUUGCUUGCUUUGCAACAUGUCAAGAAACAGAAAAUAAAAGAGCUGUGACAGAACACCAGCUGCUGAAUGACAGAGGAAGAACCCUUCAAAGUUUAAAGCGACUCAUGUGGCUCCAUAAUGCCAUGGGGGGAGUGCAUACAGCUAGUGGCCGAGACCUCUCCCAAGCACAUGUCCUGCUGACCUCAAAGGAGCAAGAUCUCUCAGAUCUCUAUGACACCAUGGAUAGAGAAGAAAUGUCUGAUAUGAUGGAGCCUUUAUUGCUAGAGCUCCUGGGGAGGGGCACACCUUUUACCAAAAUACCAAAAGCAAAUCUGCUGCACUAUCUUAAGAAUGGAAAAGGCCACCAGGUCCUGCAAGAUCUUUCUGAUUUAUUUCAAAUGGGAAGCCAAGAUGGUAAAAGAAAUCUUAGUGCUCAGAUGUAGAUUUCUAACCCCAGCUGCUGUCUUUAUCUGUGUCUGACCUGAAUUAUGUACUGUCCAAGUUAG